CGCCACGUCACACUUUGACGGCCGUCCACACCAUGGCUUCUACGGUGGAGUCCCGGCGGGUGGGAGAUGGCGGCGGCGGGGUGGGGGGCGCCUUCCAGCCCUACCUGGAUUCCUGGCGGCGGGAGCUGCAGCGGCAAGACCCCACGUUGCUGUCCGCGGCGGUGGCGCUCCUCGCCGUCCUCUUGACGCUGGUGUUCUGGAAGUUCAUCUGGAGCAGAAAGAGCAGCCAGAGAGCUGUUCUCCUGGUUGGCCUUUGUGACUCUGGGAAAACACUGUUGUUUGUCAGGCUACUCACAGGCCAUUACAGAGACACACAGACUUCAAUCACAGACAGCUCUGCUAUGUACAAAGUCAACAACAACAAGGGCAAUAGCCUGACCCUGAUUGACCUUCCCGGGCACGAGAGCUUGAGACUUCAGUUCUUAGAUCGGUUUAAGUCUUCAGCCAGGGCGAUUGUGUUUGUGGUCGACAGUGCGGCAUUCCAGCGUGAGGUGAAAGAUGUGGCCGAGUUUCUGUACCAAGUCCUCCUCGACAGCGUGGGUCUGAAGAGCGCCCCGUCCUUCCUCAUAGCCUGCAAUAAGCAAGAUAUCGCAAUGGCCAAGUCAGCGAAGUUAAUCCAGCAGCAGCUUGAGAAGGAACUCAACACCUUGCGAGUGACCCGGUCUGCUGCCCCCAGCACACUGGACAGCUCCAGCUCCGCCCCGGCCCAGCUCGGAAAGAAAGGCAAAGAAUUCGAAUUCUCCCAGCUGCCCCUCAAAGUGGAGUUCCUAGAGUGCAGUGCCAAGGGCGGCAAGGGGGACGCGGGCGCUGCCGACAUCCAGGAUCUGGAGAAGUGGCUGGCCAAGAUUGCCUGAGGGGGGGAGAGAAAGAAAGCGUGAGUGCGUGUGUGUGUGUGUGUGUGUGUGUGUGUGUGUGUGUGUGUGUCUGAGUGUCGGAGAAAGACUGACAGUUUUGAAAAAGGCUUGUGGAUUUCUGAGUUGAUAAACACGUGUACAAGUGUGCCUAG